CAGAACGUGCAUUUGUUUACAUGCGACGAUGUCUGAAGAAGUGCUGGAUGAAAUGUCUGUGUUGUCUGCAAUUUACUGUGAAAAAGACGAAUUUCAGUUGAUUGAGGACUCUGCUCAAACAGGACUUGUGUACCGCAUCUGCACUGCGAUAGACACUGACAGCGGGAGAAAAACCCUGAACCUCACUUUCCAUCUCCCUCCCCUAUACCCUCAAACCCCUCCUGAUAUCAGCGUCACAUCCGGAGAUUUCUCAAGGAACCUUUGCCAGGAGCUGAAGAAUGUGAUGCUCAGGAAAGCUCACACGCUUCCACCUGAGCCCAUGGUCCACCAGCUGGUGACGUGGCUUCAGCACAAUAUCACCGACCUGAUUACGACCACAAACAGCCCAGGAGAUGAGACCAGUAAAGCACAGGACAUGUGGAUGGCGUUGCUGCAUUUAGAUCAUAUGCGGUCUAAAGCUAAAUAUAUCAAACUGAUUGAAAAGUGGACCUCAGAGCUGGGUUUGAUGGGGAGACUGUUUGUGGGAAGGCCGAUUUUAAUUUUGCUGCAAGGAACAAAGGAAAGCAUUAAGGAAUAUAUCCACCUUCAGAGGAAGGUGAAAGUCGAUGUGGACUCAUCAGGCAAGCGCUGCAAAGAGAAGAUGAUGAGGGUUUUAUGUGAAGUGCCCCUUACUGAGGAUUUUAAAAGGAUAUCAACGUUUGAGGUUAAAGAAGACUUGUCUUUAGAGGACCUGAGAAGGGAGUUUGAUUUGGUUGGAUCAAUGAAGCUUUACCAAGAAUUUCUUCCCACUUUACAAUAAAUGACUGAUAAUUUA